UAUGAUUCGUCGAAUAAUAUUGUUACUUUCCCUCUUAUAUCAUCCAUUGUGUGUAACAAUCAAAUGUUAUGCUUGCGGUAAUGAAUUCAAAUCUCUAUGGGAAAAUUCUUCUGUACUCGAUUUGAAAGAUUGUCCAAUUAAUUCAACUGCUAACUUUAAUGAAAUUUGCGAAGCAGAAAUUUGCGUAAAGUCAUUAUAUCUUUAUCAAAAUAAAAGAGAGUUAUCGAAUGAUAAUGAACUAGUUGAAAUUGAUAACGAAGGUUUUACAGUUCGAUAUUGCGCUUUUCAAUUGCAUAGACCAGACUUUCAAUUAGAUGAAAGAGGAGAGGCUAUAAUUAUGGAGGAGAAGAAAAUGACAAGUUUCAUGGAGAGAUCACGAGAAAUAAAAAUAUUCUCUGCUGGAAUGAUUAUCUAUAGAGAUAUUGAUAAUAAGAGAGAGUAUUUGGUAUUACAACACAUGAAUCCGAGAAAUUGGACUCCUCCUAAAGGAAGAAUGGAAGGUAGUGAAGAUGAAAAAAUGACCGCAAUUAGAGAAGUCUUCGAAGAGACUGGGCUAACUGAAAAGAAAUAUAAUUUUAUUGAAAAUUAUAAAAAAGCAACUCAAUAUAAUACAAGAAAAGGUUUCAAACAAGCAACUUUCUUCCUGGCCCGUCUGAAAAAUCCUUUAGAACCCAUAGUUCUUCGUCCAAGUGAACAUCAAUCUUUCGGUUGGAUUUCUCUUACUAAUAAUGAUGGUAUCCAAAACAAAUUACAGUCCAAUCUUAAUUUACUUAAUCUACUGAAAGAUGCAAAUGAUUAUAUAACUAUGCAUAAUCUAUAA